AUGAAACAUCUAUCUUCUCUCUAUAAAGACAUCUAUGAAGCCAUCUCUUCUCUCUAUAAAGACAUCUAUGAAGCUAUCUCUUCUCUCUAUAAAGACAUCUAUGAAGCCAUCUCUUCUCUCUAUAAAGACAUCUAUGAAGCCAUCUCUUCUCUCUAUGAAGACAACUAUGAAGCCAUCUCUUCUCUCUAUAAAGACAACCAUGAAGCCAUUCUUCUCUCUAUAAAGACAACUAUGAAGCCAUCUCUUCUCUCUAUAAAGACAUCUAUGAAGCCAUCUCUUCUCUUUAUAAAGACAUCUAUGAAGCCAUCUCUUCUCUCUAUGAAGACAUCUAUGAAGCCAUCUCUUCUCUCUAUAAAGACAUCUAUGAAGCUAUCUCUUCUCUCUAUAAAGACAUCUAUGAAGCCUAUCUCUCUUCUCUCUAUAAAGACAUCUAUGAAGCCAUCUCUUCUCUCUAUAAAGACAUCUAUGAAGCACAUCUCUUCUCUCUAUAAAGACAUCUAUGAAGCCAUCUCUUCUCUCUAUAAAGACAUCUAUGAAGCCAUCUCUUCUCUCUAUAAAGACAACUAA